GUUUGAAUAGACAAUGUAAAACUGAGUCAAAGUUGCUCAAUUUAGAGUAAAAUUGAAGGAGCGUGUAGUCAGCAGCUUAUAAUUUGACAGCAAGUUGAUCAAAUAUCCCUGUAACUUGAACUGCAGUCAAAAUUGCGACCCAAGGAGAAUCGGCCAGGAUGUCGGGUGAUCAGAAAACCCUCAUCAAGGGCAAUCCAUCGCAAUACGUGAAGUUGAAUGUGGGCGGUUCCCUGCACUAUACUACAAUUGGGACGUUAUGCAAGCAGGACACAAUGCUUCGGGCCAUGUUCAGCGGCCGAAUGGAAGUGCUUACGGAUUCUGAAGGCUGGAUACUAAUAGAUCGUUGCGGCAGUCACUUUGGAACUAUUUUGAAUUUUCUACGAGAUGGCAGUGUAGCUCUUCCGGAUACGUCUAAAGGCAUUGCUGAGUUACUUGCCGAAUCCAAGUAUUAUUGCAUUGAGGAACUAGUUGAAGCUUGCGAGAAAAUACUUGCCAAAAAAGAACGAGAAUCACGCGAAUCGGAGCCGAUUUGUCGAGUUCCUUUGAUAACAUCCCAGAAGGAGGAACAGUAUCUUAUAACAACGGCUACAAAACCAGUGGUGAAACUUUUGAUUAAUCGCCACAACAAUAAAUACAGUUAUACAAAUACCUCGGACGAUAAUCUAUUGAAAAAUAUCGAGCUAUUUGAUAAGCUAUCGUUACGUUUUAGUGGUCGUGUUUUUUUCAUAAAAGACGUUAUCGGUUCGAGCGAAAUUUGUUGCUGGUCGUUUUACGGUAAUAGUAAAAAAGUAGCUGAGGUGUGCUGUACUUCGAUAGUGUACGCCACUGAUAAAAAACAUACGAAAGUUGAGUUUCCUGAGGCACGAAUAUUUGAAGAAACUCUUAACAUUUUACUAUAUGAGAAUAAAAAUGCUCCAGAUCAGGAACUAAUGCAGGCAACUUCGCUGCGUGGCGCGGUUGGUGGAAUUUCUUCCUACACCAGCGAUGAAGAAGAAGAACGAACCGGUUUGGCUAGAUUGCGAUCAAAUAAGCAAAAUAAUCCUACAUGAUUUACACAUCAGCUUGUGCUCAGGAAGAAGUUGUUGCCAAAGAAAAAUUGAAAACUGUCAAUGAGCAGUUACGCACAAUAUCGAGAUGCAGUCUUAGCACAGCAGUCAAUAACUUCUAAAUCGUAUUUUAAGACAUAACAUGUUACUUUUCGACCACUGGCAUUUAAAAAUAAUUCUCUCUAAAUGAAUAUUUCCACAAAUUCUGCAGUACAUUUUUAUUAAUAAACAGCAUAAAGCUCGUUUUGUAUGUAACUUAAAAAAAAUUACAUUAGGUAUGUGAUAAAAAGUUAAAGGUUCAGUUCCAUUGCUUACAUAAUUGUACAACAAACAAGACCCUUCAGGUCAGAGAUGCUUAGUAUUUUUUCCUUUUGUGGCAACGGUGCGUUUUCUUGCUGAAUGUUCGUUAAUGUUUCGUUCUCAGUUGAAUCGAUAAGAGUUAAGGUUAAAUCACAUUCUUUGAAAACGGCAUUGUAGCUGCAAUAAUAUGCGAGAACUAAACCUCAAAUAACCACAAUAAUUUGUGUCAAAUAAAUAUCAAUGUAAUCAUC